GCGGAGGGAGACUGGGCGGGGACAGCGACCACCACUGAGGCUGUUUGUUAGCUUAACUCGGUUUCCGCAGCUGGGACUCCGCAGACCCGGUGCGCCGCGCCCCAAACUUUGCUUCCUCAACUCCGGACACCCGCAGAACCUUUGCUGCCGUUGUCUGGAACCCGGGUCUUGGGACGCUUGCUUCCUUCUCGGAGUGUCAGAGCCUCAGGGCCGCGGAGAGGCCAACCCGCGAGGGGUUCUUAAAAACCGAAGUAUCCGUGGUCUUGGUGUGCGGACGUUUCUGGCGCCUUCCACCUGUUGACUGUCACUCGGCACCGUCCUGGAACGGGAGUGGGUGCUGGGCGUCCGGGGGCCAGGGAGUGACACAGUCAUCCACCGACACUGCGCGUGGGACAGAGGGGGCGCUCGAGGGGUCGGCUGCAGCUGAAACCUGAAGGGGAGAGGAUUUAGGGCACCUGCUUAACAGGAAUUGGUGGACAGGGAGAAAGGGUCUUCUGGUGGAAUCUGGGCUCAUUUCCUUUCCUCUUCAUCUCUCUUUUAUUUAUCAAAAUUCCAAACUGGCUUUUUGCUCAAAGACACUGAGCAGAGCCCCUGGCUUUGCCUGCGCUGCCCAUUGCUAUAAUGCAGGGCUCUGUUCCAUUUUUGUGGUGUGCACCCCUUUGGCAUUUCUGGGAAGGCUAAAGACUCUCUCUCAGAACAAUACUUUUUUUUUGAGACAGAGUCUUGCUCUGUCGCCCAGGCUGGAGUGCAGUGGCGCGAUCUCGGCUCACUGCAACCUCCCUCCCGGGUUCAAGCGAUUCUCCUGCCUCAGCCUGCCGAGUAGCUGGGAUUACAGGCGCAGCACACCUGGCUAAUUUUGGUAUUUUUAGUAGAGGCGGGUUUCACCAUGUUGCCCAGCUGGUCUCGAACUCCCGGCCUCAAAUGAUCCGCACACUUUGGCCUCCCAAAGUGCUGGGAUUACAAGAGUGAGCCACCGCGCUGGACCCAGAACAAUGCUUUUUUAAAGACGGAGUCUCGCUCUGUCACCAGGCUGGAGUGCAGUGGCGCGAUCUCGGCUUACCGCAACCUCUGCCUGCCGGGUUCAAGUGAUUCUCCUGCCUCAGCCUCCCGAGUAGAUGGGACUACAGUGUGGUCUGGCUCUGUCGCCCAGGCUGGAGUGCAAUGGCAUGAUGUUGGCUCAUUGCCACCUCCACUUCCUGGGCUGAAACCAUCCUCCUACUGUGUCCGGAAUUGGUGGGUUCUUGGUCUCACUGACUUCAAGAAUGAAGCUGCGGACCUCGUGCCUGAUCCUGCCUGAAGAUGGUGCCACUGGUGGCCGUGGUAUCGGGGCCCCGUGCCCAGCUCUUUGCCUGCCUGCUCAGGCUGGGCACUCAGCAGGUCGGCCCCCUUCAGCUGCACACUGGGGCCAGCCAUGCGGCCAGGAACCAUUAUGAGGUGCUGGUGCUGGGUGGGGGCAGUGGUGGAAUCACCAUGGCCGCCCGCAUGAAGAGGAAAGUGGGUGCAGACAAUGUGGCCAUUGUUGAGCCCAGUGAGAGACAUUUCUACCAGCCAAUCUGGACACUGGUGGGUGCUGGUGCCAAACAAUUGUCCUCAUCUGGUCGUCCCACGGCAAGUGUGAUUCCAUCUGGUGUAGAAUGGAUCAAAGCUAGAGUGGCUGAGUUGAACCCAGACAAGAACUGCAUUCACACAGACAACGACGAGAAGAUCUCCUACCGAUAUCUUAUCAUUGCUCUCGGAAUCCAGCUGGACUAUGAGAAGAUUAAAGGCCUACCCGAAGGUUUCGCUCAUCCCAAAAUAGGGUCGAAUUAUUCAGUUAAGACUGUAGAGAAGACAUGGAAAGCUCUGCAGGACUUCAAGGAGGGCAAUGCCAUCUUCACCUUCCCAAAUACUCCAGUGAAGUGUGCUGGAGCCCCUCAGAAGAUCAUGUACUUAUCAGAAGCCUACUUCAGGAAGACAGGGAAGCGAUCCAAGGCCAAUAUCAUUUUCAACACUUCUCUUGGAGCCAUUUUCGGGGUUAAGAAGUAUGCAGAUGCCCUGCAGGAGAUCAUCCGGGAGCGGAACCUCACUGUUAACUACAAGAAAAACCUCAUUGAAGUCCGAGCCGAUAAACAAGAGGCUGUAUUUGAGAACCUGGAUAAACCGGGAGAGACCCAAGUGAUUUCAUAUGAAAUGCUUCAUGUCACACCACCAAUGGGCCCGCCAGAUGUCCUCAAGACCAGUCCUGUGGCUGAUGCUGCUGGUUGGGUGGAUGUGGAUAAAGAAACUCUGCAACACAAGAGGUACCCAAAUGUGUUUGGGAUUGGGGACUGCACCAACCUUCCUACGUCAAAGACCGCUGCUGCAGUAGCUGCCCAGUCAGGAAUACUUGAUAGAACAAUUUCUGUGAUUAUGAAGAAUCAAACACUAACAAAGAAGUAUGAUGGCUACACAUCCUGUCCACUGGUGACUGGCUACAACCGUGUGAUUCUUGCCGAGUUUGACUACAAAGCGGAGCCGCUAGAAACCUUCCCCUUUGAUCAAAGCAAAGAGCGCCUUUCCAUGUACCUCAUGAAAGCUGACCUGAUGCCUUUCCUGUAUUGGAAUAUGAUGCUAAGGGGUUACUGGGGAGGACCAGCGUUUCUGCGCAAGUUGUUUCAUCUAGGUAUGAAUUAAGGAUGGCUCAGCACUUGCUCAUCUUGGAUGGCUUUUGGGCCAAAACUGCAAUCACUGAAUGACCAAGAGCAGCACGAAGGACUUGGAACCUAUCCUUGUAAAGAAUUUCUUGAUGGAUAAUGGUGACCAAAUGCCUCCCUUUUCAGUACCUUUGAACAGCAACCAUGUGGGCUACUCAUGAUGGGCUUGAUUCUUUGGGAAUAAUACAAUGAAAUAAUACUUUUAUUUUCUGAAUAAAAGUUUGUCACUGA